AUGGAUAUAACAAGCAUAGCUUAUCUACUUAUCGUCGUUUCAUUUGUGCGCGGAUCAGAUGGGCCGAUCAUUCACGUUCGAUUAAGUGAAAAUUACAGGAUCAUCAUCAACAAGUCAAACGUUGAUUUAACAAAAAGCUUGCUCGCUAAAACCGCGCUUGUGGACAACAUCGCUGAAUUACUGGAAAAUAAGAAUGUAUUUGCCGUAUUGGCAUUUCUAGGGCUGGUAGUGGGUGAUAGAUAUGCAGAUUCGUUUUUGACCAAGGAAAACAUGAGUAUUUACCUGCAGAUGGGUGAAAACGAGGACGACAUUCUGAAUAGUUCGUCGCUAAACCAAUACCAUUUGCAUGUCUUUCACCAAAGAAUAAGUAAGUAUUCUGAUAUACUGCAAGCCUUUCAAACUGAAGGCAUUCAUUACUAUGUUCAACUUGCGAAGACAUCACCAGGUAUCGGUGAUUCUGCUAUUACCAAGCACUCAUUUAUCGAUGAAUUAUUGGCCCUAUUGGACGUAUUACACGGUAAGGUUGUGGAUAAAAUUGAAAGAAGGCAAAAUUUGAUCGAUACGCUGCACAAUUAUGAAACAAUUGAAGCGAAUGAACAGGAAAACAUGAUAACAAACAAAUACUACGUCAAAUUGCUGAAAAUAUAUCUUAAAUUUGCGGAUGCAUUUAUGACAUGCGCAUCCCUGUCAACUACGCUACAGUGCAAGUUUUCAUUCCCCAAGACAAUCGGACUGUUCGUGGGAUUUAGGUUUUUGCAGGCACACGAAUUAGGACCAGCCAAAGUCUUUAAAGAUGUGUUUGUCAAAGAGCUCAGAGAUUUCGAGACCAACGGAACAAAGGAUAUCAAAGCGGUGGAAAUUUCAGUAACCACGAAAUUAACGUCUCUUCUGAAGCAAUCAGAUAGCAUGGGAAGCACAUCUAUCAUCAUACCAAUUAUAUUUUCUCAUUACGAUGCCGUUCAUCUGACAAUGGCCGACGCUAGCGUUACAUUCAGCAGAACGGUGCUGCUAAGAGGUCUAAUGAAAAUGUGCAACAUUACCAGAAUUACAUCAUCGGUGUUCUUUCCUAACAUACGACGCUUUGUCUCAUUCAUUAGUGAAACUUCUCUUGACUGUGAGAAAGUUCUUAUUCUAAACCUGAAGGGGAGCAUUCUCGAAGAAGCUGAUAUACAAGCACUGAGAUUAUUUGUAAAUCUCAAAUGGCUUGUGCUCCCCACUUCGCUUCAAUCGGAUAACGUUCUUGCUAACAUUUUUGCCAUCGGUUCAAGACUAAGAACAUCGCUCGUUGAGCUUGAAUACAAUCAAAAACUCACAGAAAAUGCCUUCAAAAUCCUAAAGGGAUGUACACGUCUGAAAUACGAUGGACUCAUACCUGAGCGGACAUUUAAUGUCAGUGACAGCGACAUACAGUUGUAUAAGAAACAGCUGACUGUGUUAUCUCUGACAAAUGCAUGCUUCAGCAGACUGCAUCAAAAAUUAACCUCGUACUUUUUUUUCAGUGAGUUCAUCCACCUGAGGCAAAUUAUAUUCCGAGCAGUCCCUCCAAGAGUUGGUAUAAGUUUAUUCCGCUUGCCAAGGAUGCCCAAGGUUAUAAUUCAAUUUUGUGGUAUAGCUAUAAAUACAUCUGAAGUUCUGAGGCUUGUGUCCUCUGCAGCCACAAGAUAUCUGGUAUUCAAAAAAGUAACAUUCUUAGCCAAUGACAUUGACCAAGACAUGGACAAAUACAGCAUAAAAUUGACUGCAAUGUCUAUAUUUGACUGUGAAAUGACAGAUAAAAAAGUGAUUGGUCUAUUCAAAAGGAUAGCAGUCGCGAAAGAACUUGAAAUCGCAAGGUGUAGCAUUGAUACAGAGUUGUUGGCAGAAAUUAUUGAGAAUAAUCGAUCCAAAAAAUUGGAAUCGUUGCUUUUGUACGAAAAUAGGCUGAGCGGUUCCCACCAGUUUAAUAUCGAAAAGCUGACAAAGCUAACGGAUAUUUUAAUUUUCAACAGAGAGAACAAACCAAAUCCAGACAAUAAUGCCGUUCAAUUGUGUAACUUUCACACAAUACCACGUAAACCAAAGCGCAAACCACCUUGCGUAUCUCUUGAAGGCUUUUGCACAGUGAUAAAUCUAUCAUGGCAUCAAAAUUUGGAAAAACUGGAGAUUAACAUGACAGAAGAUAACUAUGAUCCUUUAAUCAAACAUUUGGCAGAGAUGUUUCAAUUGAAAAUGCUGGUUUUGCACGUAUUUCUUGAGUCGAUUGAUCUGGUAAGCAUUUUAGAAAGCAAGACAAAAAUUAGAUACUUGCAGAUUUAUGGAAACGGAACGUGUAAAAUGAUGUCGCCAAAAAUACCGAAAAAACCUGUGUCGGAGUGCCUAAAUAUUGUAUUGGCGCACACUGUCAUCGAUCAAAAUGGUGUUUUUCAAUACAUAAAUCGCCUUGCUAGCAUCGAAGUGCUUGAUAUAGAUAUGUCUACAUUUGAUUUACAGUGCCUUAAAAAAGUUGAUGCAUUUCGACUGUGUAAGACCGAACACCUUCUUGUCUUUGUGGCUUAUUCGAAUGAGUUGGUCGAAUUCUUAGUGGAAAGUAGCAAAUUUCUAAGCAGGCGUUCCCAGUUUUUGGUGACAAGUGAGUAAUAAAC